AUGCAAGCAGAAGCCUCAAAAAAGACUGUGUAUACAGAAGCAGGACCUGCCAAAGUGACAAUUGCCCCAGAACACAAAUCUGUUAUUGUUGAUGAAAAGAGCACAAAUUCGACUAAUUCUACAAGUUCACCAACAGUUGACCCUGCUUUAUUAAGGCACUUUGGCAGGGAAGGUAUGCCAAUUAAUACAAGUGACGUAAAGCCUGUUGUUGAGAGCCCUAAUGACAAUAUUGCCUCAACUGAAGAGCAGAAAGAAAAUAAAAGUAAGCCAAGAAAAGGAGUUUCUAUGAUUGAAACAUCCAGCAGUCCAAACAUUAACAAUUCAUCAGAUUCGGGACCUACAUCUCCACCAGUGAAAUUGAAUGGUACAGACUCAUCCAGUUCACCAUCUACAACAAGUACAACAACGACUACAACCACCACAACUACAACAACAACCACCACAACAACAACAACACCAAAACCUAUUCCUAAAAAACCACUUGUUACAGUGGGUAAUGAUGAUGAGCCAUUUGCUCCCUCACAUUUUGUAUCAUCCAAAAAGAAUACUUCCAAGUCAGUGUCAAAAAUACCCACAUGGGAGAGUUAUGAGUACAACAAGGAGAAGUCAUCUAGUUCUGAUUACAUAGUGCCAAUUGUUGGAGUCAUUUUGUCAGUGCCUUUGGUUUCAGUUCUGUUAAACUUUAUCUAUAAAAGAACCAAAGAGUGGUGGUAUCACAGGCAUUACAGUCGAAUGGAUUUUCUCAUUGAUGGGAUGUAUAAUAACUGA